AUGCCUGUUACAACAAGGCAAAAUAAACAAGGGAGAAAAGGCAGCGGCGUGGUUUUUCGCCUUUGCACCAAAGCUUCCUUGUACGCGCUUCUAGUCUGGAUUGUAAAUUGCUCCAAUUCGAGCCAAUAUGGUAGUAAUUCGUACAAUGUGAUGAGCAACAAUGGUCUUGAGAGAAAAGCCGUGGAUUCAAGAACUCUGAGGUUAUUAGCAGAAGCUUACGAGGAAGCUAUAGAGGAAGAUGGAGAAACUACAGGAGAAGUUGGAGCAGAAGAAGAAGUUGUACAGAAAUCUCCUUCUGUAUCCUCAGUACAAGAACGAGUUAUGCAAAAAGCUCCUUCUCCAUCAUCAGUGCAAAAAACAGUUGCAAAAGCUUCGAAAGAUGUUGGAAAAACUUCAGGAAAAGUUCCAAAACAAUUAUUAAGAAAAGAAAAAGUCAGAAAAAACGAUCUUGGAUCCAUUCUUGUACAAUCUGUAGAUUUAAACGAGCAACCGGAGUUAAUAAAGCGUUAUGAAGAAAGAAGGAUAAAUGUGCGUGAUAAUUUUAAACCAACAAUAACAGCCAAUUUUGAAGAGGCAUUAAAACGUUGUAUGGAAUUCGACCCACGAAAACACGGCAUGGAUUGA